AUGUCCCUAGCACGUCAUUUUGUGUCAAUACUCGAUGCAGUAGAGUUGAGAUAUAUCACUGCGAGGAGAUUUUCUUCAACUAACAAUGUAUUAAAUCAAUGGGAACGAAACGACUUGGAGCAAACACCAUCAAAAAUAAGGUUCGGCGAAAGGAAUCGAAAACAUCCCGGAGCACCAUUCAAGUCUGGGGACAAAUACAAGAGCAAUAGAGUUCCUAAAUCUAGCGAUAAGAAGACUCCAUUACUGGAUCACAGUGGUUCCGAGAACAUCGCGACAAAUAUACCAAAGCCAUUGUAUCCGCUAUUACGAUCACCAUACUUUGCACGCAAACCAGAUCCACUACAAACUCAGGCAUUCUUCUACCCCUCAUAUAUUAAAAAUCUUUGGCAAAAGAAGUCAUCAUCGAAGGACAAAAUGGCUCCCAUGUCCAAAGACGCGAGAGUACAACCUUCAAAAGCCUCAGGUGGUGUCCCAAAUCCUACCAGCGAAUACCUAGAAAAGUCCUAUACCAAGCCAGGCCAGACACCAAUCCCUUCUCUUCUCGCCCGCCAUCUCCUCGUCGUUAUCGAUCUGAACGGCACACUUCUCUAUCGCCCCAACCGCAAAUCUCCUACUAAAUUUACCGCCCGCCCACACGCCGAGAAGUUCCUACAGUACUGCAUCGAUACCUUUUCCGUUGUAAUCUGGUCAUCGGCUAAAUCGCAAAAUGUGAUCCCCAUGUGCAAAACUAUUCUCACCCCCAAGCUCCGACAAAAGAUUGUUGCCAUCUGGGGUCGCGAAACAUUCGGUCUCAGUUCCAUGGACUACAAUACUCGCGUACAGUGUUAUAAACGUCUCACUAAACUCUGGAACGAUCCCCAGAUUGCAGCUACGCACCCCGAUGCUCAAAAUGGUGGCAGGUGGGAUCAGACAAAUACAGUGUUGAUUGAUGAUUCCAGCGAGAAAGCUCGCAGCGAACCUUUCAAUCUGAUCGAGAUUCCAGAGUUCUUUGGCGAUGAUAAGGAAGUCGGAGAUGUAUUGCCACAGGUUCAUGAUUUCUUGAACUUCCUUAGCAUGCAUGAGAAUGUCAGUGCUGCGAUUCGUCAUUCGCCAUUUGUGCCACAACCCAAAGCCGAUCCUCGUGAGGCUACAGGUUUGAAUUUACCCAUCCAUCCACCUAAAGCUUUAGGACCUGCUAGAGUCCCGUCUCCAGUUGAACCGGUGUAUCAGCCCUCAUACUCAAGUGAGACUGUACCCUCGAAGUAUCAGCCGAUGCUUGGGAAUUCGGAGAAGUGGUAA